AUGAUUGCUUUAUCUAUGGAAUUAUUUUGCAUACAACUUGGAUAUUUUGACUGCCAUUCUAAAAUAACUUCACUUCCAGCAUUUUAUGCUCUUGGACGAAUAUUUUCAUUAUUAUUAGUUAUAUACCCAUGUUCAUAUGAUGUUAGCAGUGAGUUAAAAGCUUUAAGAGCUGAAGUAGUAGAAAAUCAAUUUUAUUCUUUAUUACAAUUAUUAAUAGAUUUAAUCAAUUAGAUAUUAACAAAUCCUUCACUUUAAAAUUAAAUAUAGUUUGUAUUUAAUUUGUUUUUUUUUUUUGGAAUAGGUUUUAUUAUAAUCGCUAACUAUAAUUCAAAAGAUACAAUAGAAAAAAAUAUUAGGAAAUAUAACAUUAAAAAUAUAAUUCUAAAAAUGAUAACUUUCUUAUUCAUUUGCAUAUCUGUAGCAUUAUAAAUACCAUUGUUAUUAAUUGCUCUCCAUAAUUUACAAAGGUCAAGCAAAAUAGAAAAUUAUGCUUGGUUUAUAAAUGAUAUUGUUUAUUUAGCAUUAAUCCAUAUAGUUUCACUAUUUUACUUUAUUCUCUUUGAAGGGACUUUAAUUUUGAAGGAAGGAUUAUGUAAAAAACUUUAAGUAACCUUCCAAGAUUAUUUAGUAUUUAUCUUACAAAUGAUACAAGCAUACAUUUUUAUAUUUAGUUCUAGGGAUGUUGCAAUAUAUGGUUAAUCAAUUUUACUGUUGUUGAUUACAUUCUUAGAACUUAUUUCAAUCUAUAUUUAUAAAGCUUAUUCAAACAAUAUUUAAAUUUUGAUAAUAUUAAUCAUUCAUUCAUGUGGUUUAAUUAUAGUUAUAUGCUCCCUUACUAAGAUUUCUGAACCAAUGAUAUAUUUGAUACUUUUAUCACCUUUACUAAUUUAUUUUGGUGUUUAUGUACAUGAUUAAUUACAAUUUUUAUUGUUAACUUCAAAUUAUAAAAAAUUAAAUUUAUUUGAAGUAAAUAAUUUGAUAUGUUCAACUUUGACAACUUAAAAAAUAUCAUUACAAUAAACUUGUAUUUUAAAUUCAAUAUUUCUAUCUAAACAUUCUAAUGAGUGUUUAAAUCUAAAAUGUCAAUGCAAAUCAUAAGAAUUAAGUUCUAGUAAUUCUAAUAAAAUGUUUACAAUCCCAGAUAUUAUUGAGGAAGAACUUUAUUCAAAAUUAGUUAUCAGAAUGAAGAAACUCCUUUAGACGUAAGAACCAAAAGAUUGUUUUUAUUAUUUAGUACAUUUUUUAUAUGCUUAAUAAUAUCAUGGAGAAGUUUAUGAAAUUUACAGUAAAGUAGAAAAUAAAUAAAUAUUAAAUAAUUUAACUUAUUUAUAAAAAAUUAAAUGGAAAUUCUUUAUUAUGAUGAUUAAAUAAAAUUUAUAUAUUAGUUUGACUGCUAAAUUAGAUGGAAAUCAUUUAGAUAAAACAAAAUUAUCAUUAAAAAUAAAUUAAUUUGUUUAAUCCGAAAGUUUUAAUUAAAGCAUUAAAGAUGGUUUAAUUAAUAUCAUUUAAUAGAAAUUGUAAUUACAAUAAUUAAUUGUUAAAUAAUAAAGUAAAAGUAAUUUUAUUACUUCUUAUUAUAAUUUAAUGGAAAAUAUAGAAAAACAAGAAAAAAUACUAAAAUAAAUUUAUGAUUAAUUUCCUAGUUAAAGAAAUUAAUCUUAAUUAAUGUUUUUUUAUGCUGAAAUAAAAUAUGACUGGAAAAAAGCAUUUGAUUAAUUAUAAAUAAAUGCUAUUGAUAAUUCAAUAUUAAGUAUUGUUACAGAUAUUGAUUUUAACAGAUUAACUAAUAAGAUGGCCUACUUAAUAUAUUCUUAUGAUGAUAGAAAACUUAAAAUUAUUUCAUAUUCUAAAAAAGCUCCAAUUAUAUUUGGUUUUUAGUAAAAAUAAUUUGAGUUAAUUUUCUCUCCUGAUCCUUUAAUACCUUAAGUAGUAAGAGAUAUACAUGAUUAAUAUAUUGAAGAAUUUUUAUAAGAUGGUAAAGCAAAUUUUUUUAGAUAAGUAGGUUUUAAUAUUUGUUAACUUAAAUCAGGAUAUAUUUAAAAUAUAGAAUUUUUUUUUGAUCUUUAUUUUGAUAAAAAUCAAUCUUUUCGUUUUAUUACAUUUCUUAGUUGUUAAGAAUAAUCAGAUCCAAUGAUUUUGAUUGAUUAAAAUAAUAAGAUUUAGGGAAUAAAUAAAGAAUUGUUAAAAAAAUUGAAUUUUCAUCCAAAAAUAAUUGAUUAAUUAUAGAUAGAAAAAUCUCUUUAUAAUUUAUAAGCAGAUUUAUUUAUUCAUAAUGAUAUCUUAAAUGGAACAUAAAAUUAAUAUUCUUUUUAAUUUUAUUUUCCUAAAGAUUCAUUUUUUUCAUAAGAAUUUUCAACAAAUGUAUAAAAAAUACAAAAUUUAAAAAAUUAUUAAAAAUUAUAACUUUAUGAAGUGAAUUAUGAAAUAUUAAGGAGAAGUACUUAUAAAUUAAUAAAGUUAAAGAAAAUUUAAUAAAUUAAUAAAAUAAAUUUAACCUCAUCAGCUGAAUUACAAUUAACUCCAAAUUUACAAAUACCAAUAAAUGAUGAAGAAUCAAUUUUAUUUCCAUAUGAAUAUUCACUUUAAAAUGUACCAUCUUCUAAUAUAGUUAUUUAAACUUAAAGAAAAACUGAUGUGAGAAUUUUAAGUGAAUUGGAAGAAAAAAAUGAAGAAUAACAUGAGGAAGAUAAAAUCAAAAUAUAUCAUUAUAGUGAAUCAAAUGUUAUUGAUGUUGAGAAUAAGACAGUAAAGAUUUUGGGUAAUAUUUAUGAUAACGAUUAAAGAAAUUAGGAAAAUAUUGUUUUGGAAGGUUCUUAAGCAUCUUCAAUGGCUGGAUUAAGAAAAUCAGUAUAUUAUAGAAAAUAUACUCUUGUUAAUUAACUAAAUGAUUUAACACCAAUUAUACCUUUAUAAAAUAAAUUAUUUGGGUAUUUAAUUUUUGCUCUUAUAAAUUAAGUCAUAUUUUUAUCAAUCGUAAUUAUUUAUUUUAUUUUAGAAUAUAUCAUAUGCAAAAGAAGACUUUUAUUCUCUAAACUAUUAUUAUGAAUCAAUAUAAAUUAAUCAUUAUUUUAUUGAACCAAUGUAAAAAUUUUUUUUGACUCGUUAUAUGCUUUAAGAUUAUUAAAUGUUAUCCUUAAAUUAAGCAAUAACUAAAGAUAAGCUUAAUUAUUAUUUAACAUUCAUAAAUCCUUUAUUAAUUGGAGCAUUUGAUGAAUUUAAAUAGAACUUUUAAGAUCACUUUUAGGAUUAAACAUUAUCAGAAUUUAUAAAAGAUGAAUAUGUUCUAAUAGAAUAAUAGAUUUAUCAUUAUGCUCCAAUAAAAUUGUAAGACUAUAAUGUAACGCUAUUUAAUGCUUUUAGCAUUUUGCUUGAUGCCUUUUAUAAACAAGCAUAAAUAUACAUUAAACCUUAAACAGUCAGGGGAACUUCUCCACAUAAUACAUAUUAAUAUAAAAAUUAUAUUUUAUUUGUGACAGUAUUUGAUAAUAUAUCUGAUUUAAUGUAUUAAGAAUCUAUUUAGAAAAUUGAUUUAGUUGUUUAGAGAUGGAUAAUAAUGGUAAUACCAAUAUCUAUAUCAGUUCUAAUUUCAAUAUUACUACUUGGAUAUUAUUAUAACUAAUUUAAUCAUUAUUUAGAGAAAUUCUUUGGUCUUAAUAUGCAUAUAGAUCAAAUAGAACUUGAUUAAGAUUAAGGGAGACAGUAAUUUAUCCUUUAAAGUUUAAAACAAGGAUCAGAAUUAAUACAUUUAUAUAAAUUUAAUUUAAUUGGAAAAGAAGAAGUAUUGGCUAAAACAAAAAUAAAAGAAUCAAAAAAAGAAUCUAAGAUUUUAAAUAAUGAACCAAAAGAAAUAAGAUAAUCUAUUCAAAUUUCUAAAUUACCCUUAAUUUUUUCUAUAUUUGCCUUACUAUUACAAUUUGUUGUAAUAGCUGGACCAUUAACUUAUGUAGGUAGUGAAUAUAUGAGUAAAUUUUCUAAGACUAUUCAUUUUUUUAAAUCUAUUUCAGAUAUUGGAGUGUAUGUUCCUGCAUCCUUUUCUUAAAAAGAAAUAUUGUAUUUUUUUUCUUUUUUUACUUAUUAUACAGCUGAGGAUAGAACAUUUUUUGUAGAAUAAAUUUAAAAAGCUGUCACCAAAAUUGAUAUUUUCUUAUCAUAAAGUAUUGAUAGUUCAUAAUUAUAAUUUUCGGAACAAUUUUUAGAUUCUUAUGAAUAUUUAGAAGAAAAUAAUUUAUGUCCAUUACUUAAUAAUUCAAAGUAUUAUGAUUUUGAUUAUUUUUGUUCUAACUCUUAAAAUGGAAUAUUAAAAUUAGGCUUAAGAGCAUCCUUAACUAAUUUUAAUACUAUAUUAAAAACAGAAUUAAGUAUAAAUUUCCCUAAUUCUCGAAAACUUCCACCAAAAGAAGAACUAGAAGCAGUUUAUUUAUGUUCUGAUAUUAUUAGUGAAAUCACAAUUAGAAUGGAAUAAGAUAUUAAAAAAUAAACUAAAAAUAUUGAAGAAUUAUAUAAUGUAUUAUAUUUUUUUAUUAAUUUAAUAGAUUAUUAAUGCAAUAAGUUUGACUUAUACUAUCAUAAUGAUAAUUAUUAUUUACUUUUCAGUUUUCAAAAAGUUUAGAUUAAAACUUAAUAGAACAAAAAUGAUCUCAUUAAUUUUCCCAUUAGAAACAAUAUUCUUAAAUGAUCAUUUUGAAAGAGAAUUAAGAAGAAUGGUUACUAGUGAGAAAUUGAUUUGA